AUGCCGCCGAUCACCAUAUUCUUGCGAAGUCAUUCCAAUCAGGCGUACAGUGGGCUUAUGGAAUUCGGUGGGGGCCUUUUCGAUGUCUCUUUCAACACCGGGAUGCAUGGAAUCUGGGUUCCCGGAAGAAUCCGAAUCGGAAUAACCCCACGCGGAAGAUUCCGCUAUCUGGCCGACCAAACAAAUUUCUACGAUGAGUCAGAUGAGUCAGACACAUAUGACGAAGCUCCUGGAACGGAGACCUCAAUAAGAUGGCGAAGUGGUGAUGUUACCAUAUAUGGCUCAAGGAGAACGGAUGAAAUGACACUCGGAAGUGGGUACACGGUUACUUUUUGUCGAGGGUUUGUCAUCUAUGAUAUCGUUGAUCCAGUUCAGUUUUAUAUGGGAACUAUGUAUGAUGGAUUUGUGGGACUUAGAUCACCUCCACCAGGCAAUACUGAUCCAAGUGAUCUUCCUAUCUGGAGGACCAUGAUGUCCCGGGGUUUGCUACCAAGCUCUCAAUUUUCGCUUUAUCUGCGAUAUAAUGAUUCUGAUGACACUAAUGGUGGAAGCAUAACUUUUGGAGGUGUUGAUCGGGAUAAUUACAUCGGCCACCACCAAUACUUUGAUCUUGUCCAGAACUCCUACGAGUGGAAGAUCCAUAUGUAUUCGGUUGCGGUUGCGGGUCAUUUACCGCAAUAUUGUCAGAAAGUUCUGAUUGACAGUGGUAGCAAAUACAUUUAUGGGCCUCCUCAUAUUAUCCAUGCAAUCAACCGACAAAUCUGUGGUCGACAAGUUCCACUUCAUGGACCAACAGUACUUACUGACGGUGAGAGGGAAACAUUAUCACAAGGGCCAGAUGUGACAUUCAACUUCAACGAAGAUUGCGGUUUAACCAUUGGUCCAGCAGACUAUGUAAUUUUUGAUGAGGAUGAACAAGAUUACACCACGGCCUUUCGACAUUUGGUGUUCCAACCUGGGGAAGAGACAUACUUUGUUUUGGGAAUUCCGUGGCUACUUCGAUACCACACUAUCUUCGAUUUCAGAGAAAGAAGAAUUGGCUUUGCUCGUUCUGUCCAAUAA